AGAGAGAGGGAAGCGUAGUUCUAACUCCUUCCGCCGGAGUUUAUACCUGCUACGCACGGCAACCCCUUCCUUUUUCAGGCGGAACGUCCAGAUCUCACUUCACCGAACGCGGUCGUCGAUUCAGGAGAAACAGAUAAAUCGGACCAAAUUCCACAGAGAACAUUGAAGCAACAAUAGUCCUGCUCCUUCUUUCCCUCCAUGUCUCUUCCUGCAUAUCUGAUUUUGAUUUUGAACCUGUGGAGCUUGAAAGCCGAGUCGUUCUCCGCUGGAUCGCGUUCGAUUCUUCGAGAGAUUGGCAGCAACGGCAACAGUGGCGAGCAUCAGGACUACGCCGUCGAAUUGAACGCCACGAAUUUCGAUGCAGUCCUCAAGGACGACACUCCUGCUACCUACGCCAUACUUGAAUUCUUCGCUCACUGGUGUCCUGCGUGCAGAAAUUAUAAGCCUCAUUAUGAGAAGGUUGCAAGGCUUUUCAACGGACCUGAUGCAGUCCAUCCAGGCAUCAUUUUGAUGACAAGGGUAGACUGUGCAUUAAAGAUAAAUACCAAACUUUGUGAUAGGUUUUCUGUUAGUCAUUAUCCUAUGCUCUUUUGGGGGGCUCCUACUAAGUUUUUAACUGGUGGAUGGGAUCCGUCACAAGUGAAAAGUGAAAUACGUGUAAUUGAUGAUGGUCGGACAGCUGAACGUUUGCUUAGUUGGAUCAAUAAGCAACUAGGCAGCUCCUAUGGCUUGGAUGAUCAGAAAUUUGAAAAUGAGCAUCCUCCAUCAAAUAUAUCGGACCCUGGACAGAUUGCCCGAGCUGUAUAUGAUGUUGAGGAAGCAACUGCCACUGCCUUUGACAUCAUUUUAGAGCACAAGAUGAUCAAAUCUGAAACUCGGGCUUCACUUAUAAGAUUUCUUCAGCUCUUGGUGGUUCACCAUCCUUCUAGGAGAUGUCGGAAAGGAAGUGCACAAGUCCUUGUUAAUUUUGAUGACUUGUGCCCAUCAGAUACAUGCUCAGCUGAUAAGCAUGCAGAUGUCACUGAUAAUGGGAAGGGUGCACUAGCGAAUAUUCAGAUUUGUGGAAAAGAAGUUCCCCGUGGAUACUGGAUGUUUUGUCGUGGUAGCAGGAAUGAUACUAGGGGAUUUAGCUGUGGAUUAUGGGUUCUGCUGCAUUCAGUCUCAGUGAGGAUUGAGGAUGGAGAGAGCCAGUUUGCAUUUACAUCUAUAUGUGAUUUUAUUCACAACUUCUUCAUCUGUGAGGAGUGCCGUCAACAUUUCUAUGAGAUGUGUUCAAGUGUUAAGAGUCCUUUCAGCAAAGCUCAAGACUUUGCCCUUUGGCUUUGGAGUGCACACAAUAAAGUUAAUGAGAGAUUAAAGAAAGAAGAAGCAUCUUUGAAAACUGCUGAUCCCAAGUUCCCAAAGAUUAUCUGGCCUCCAAGACAGCUUUGCACUUCAUGUUAUCACUCCCAAAGUUCUAAUGGAAACAGUGAGGAUAAUUGGAACCGGGAUGAAGUAUUCAAGUUCUUGACUAGUUAUUAUGGGAAGACACUCAUAUCUCUAUACAAAGAGAAGGAUCUUCUUGAUAAUGAUGCAACCAAUGUAGCUAUUGAUGAAUUGGUGGCCUCAACAAAUGCAGUAGUGGUGCCUGUUGGCGCUGCCUUAGCUAUUGCUGUUGCCAGCUGUGCAUUUGGAGCGCUUGCUUGCUACUGGCGAUCACAUCAGAAGAAUCGAAAGUAUUACCACCAACUAUACUCUUUAAAGAAUAUAUAAUAGAUAGAGAAUUUAGUGAGGUCCUUCAAAUCCUUUAAAAGGAUUAAAAAAAUUUUGGGUGGGGAGAGAGGUUUGACGAUUAGGAGGUAACUUAUUUGAUUUCCUUCCAAAAUGUUUCAGGCCGAGGAGAAGCUGGAACUAAGAAUAUUUAAAGAACAAUACACCACACAGAUAUAACGGUGACCCAUGGUUGAACUCAGGCUUCCAGAGUAGGAAUCCAGAUUCAUACAGCCCUAUACUGACUGCACUGGUUAAGGUUCUGUCCUGUACUUGUAUUGUUGCUUUCAACCAACCUCUUGUCCUAAUCUUAAUUUUGGAGCACUGUCCUCUCUAUCUGUGUCCUUAAUUUUCUUUUAUUUUCUCCAUGCUGGAUGCGUCCUUCUUUUUUCUUUUUCUUUUCUUUUUCUUUUUUUUUUUUCUGAACUUAAGGAAUUUUUGGGUGUGGAGAGUUAGUAGUGCCUGGUGUGGAACUUUGAAUUUCAUGUUCUAACACCUCCCUCUAACGGGUAUGGUCACUAAGUCAUUUAGUGUUAGACAUACUACAUAUGUCCUUUGUCAUUCUCUUUGUAUGUAUGGCAUGUGUAGCAUUUUUUUUUUUUUUCUAAGUUAAGGUGAAGCGAAUUAAGCAUUUGCUAAAAAAGAAUAUGAAAGGCACUAUUGUCGUUGAGUAGGUGUUACUUGUCUCUACGAUGGGAACAAUUUGCUGGACUCGCCGGUUCCUACCUCCUACAGGUUGUGCAACCAUAUGGGUCUUGUUCCCCCUGGAUAACCGAAGAUGUACAUUCCACUUUUUACUGAUUCAUCUAUGCCAUCAUCCGACACGAAACCUUUUAUAACUGUUGAAUGUUGAUUCCAUUGCCGUAUCAUAAAUAUUUAAAGUUAGA